GCCAUGGCAGCGUCGAAAGUACCAAAUGGCGCCGAAAAGCUCAAGCGUUCCAAGAAGCGCAAAUCAAGAACCGAGGUGGAAGUUUCGUCUUCCGAAAGUGAUAGCGGUGUCAAGCAGAAGAAUCGGAAGCCAGUGCAUGUAGGGGAAAAUGGUGCCUCGACCGCCACCGAAGAAAUCUCUUCCACAUCCCCGAAGAAAGUGAAACCUUCAAAAACCACUCCAGCUCAAGAGGAAGGCAACGCUUCCACGGCCGAGGACGGAACUUCUCCACCGCCGGCUGUUUCGAGCGCGAAGUUGAAGUCCACGCCCAACGAAGCAGAAGAUUUCACGUCUAUUUACCUUCGGAAGGUGACGGCAGAGCUAGCGGACGAUCUCGACAAAGUGCGCGAGGCGAAUGACUUCAAGGCCAGCAGCUUACCGAUGUUGAUCAAUGCUCUGAAGCAGGGCGAGAGUAUCUAUUCGGCUGAGGAGAAGAGGAGAGUUGUUAGUGCUGCGAAUCCAUGAGUAGUCAGCAGUUAGCAUAGGUGGCGUUCACGGAGUUGACGAUGGCAUAUCAGGCUUUGGUAUGAAGGGUUCCAAACACUUUUAAGCCUGAAAGGGCACCUUGGAUAUCUUCGCUAAAAAUGGUGGCAAUGAGCCCGUUUCGAUGCCCAACCCUUCUAUGCCCGAAAUCCAACCCACAAUAUGCUAGUAACGCCCGUGAUGAUGCCUUAAAUCCGCCAUCCCAUAUUAAUAGGCCUCGACUUCCAGUCCCGAUCUCCACUCGAGCUCGAUCUGCCAUGCGAGCAAGAAUGGAUGCCGGAUUAUAACCAUAUCAUGUGCCAGCUUCAUCACCUUCUCUCUCUUCUCUGCCUUCUUUCCCGUCGGUAGCACCAACAGUGUAUCAUAUGC